UCUCCUACUCCCCCUCUUCCCCUCUCUCUCCUCCUCUCUCAUUCUUCUCUCUCUGGUUUUUCUGCUUCCAAACAAACACCUUCUCCCAGGCUGAAGUUGGGCUGGUCUCCCUAGGAGCAGCAGCCACAACAAUCCCGCAGUUCAAAGUUAAGAAGCAAUUACACAACUUCCAGCAACUCUCUCAGCCGGUUGCUAAUGAGCUGAAAGCCAGGAACAUCUGAGGAGGUGAAAAGGAAGAGUCCAGCCCUCCGCCUUUCACCGGUGGGACCCAGACACCCCUCCUCAGGCCCAGAUCACUCUUCCAUAAGGACUGUGUUUUCUUUGCUGGCCUUACCGGACAGACUAUGGCUCCCUUUGGAAGAAACAUAUUGAAGACGCGACAUAAGAACAGAUCUCCAACUAAGGACAUGGAUUCCGAAGAGAAGGAAAUUGUGGUUUGGGUUUGCCAGGAGGAAAAGAUUGUCUGUGGAUUAACUAAACGCACCACCUCCACCGACGUCAUCCAGGCUUUGCUGGAGGAGCAUGAAGCUACCUUGGGAGAGAAGCGGUUUCUGCUGGGCAAGGCCAGCGACUACUGCAUCGUGGAGAAGUGGAGGGGCUCCGAGCGGGCCCUUCCUCCCCUGACGAGGAUCCUCAAGUUGUGGAAGGCUUGGGGAGAUGAGCAAGCCAAUAUGCAGUUUGUUUUGGUAAAAGCUGACGCUUUUCUCCCUGUUCCACUGUGGAGGACGGCUGAAACGAAACUUGUGCAAAACAGUGAGAAGCCAUGGGAGCUCAGCCCGGCCAAUUACAUGAAAACUUUACCCCCGGAUAAACAAAAACGCAUCGUCAGGAAAACGUUUCGGAAACUGGCGAAAAUCAAGCAGGACACGGUUUCUCACGAUCGAGAUCACAUGGAGACGUUAGUUCAUCUAAUUAUUUCUCAGGAUCACACCAUUCACCAGCAAGUACAAAGAAUGAAAGAGUUAGAUAUGGAAAUUGAAAAAUGUGAAGCUAAGAUCCACCUGGACCGGGUAGGGCAUGAUGGGGACAAUUACGUUCAGGAGGCGUAUUUAAUGCCCAGGUUCAGCGAAAACGAGCCAAAGCUAGAUUUUCCACCUGAGGACAGCCAGGCUCCGAUGGACCUGAACGACAGCGAGGGGAUGGCACAGCUUGAAGAACGGUUGCAAUACUACAGGGUGCUCAUCGAAAAGCUCUCCGCGGAAAUUGAGAGAGAGGUGAGGAGCUCGGGCAUCGACGGAAGUGAAGAUGCAGAGGGGGCAGCGGCCUGGGAACUCGAAAACUCUGAUUUGGAGAACGCGAAGUGCGAUUUGGAGAGGAGCCUGAAAGCUGGCCUGAAAAUCCACUCUCACCUGAGUGGCAUCCAGAAAGAGAUUAAAUACAGUGACUCACUGCUUCAGAUGAAAGCAAGGGAGUACGAACUCCUAGCCAAGGAGUUCAGUUCGCUUCACCUUAGCAACAAAGAUGGAUGCCAGCUAAAAGAAAGUAGAGGAAAGGAAUCCGACGCUCCCAGCAGCGGUGAGGAGAUCCCUCCAUUAACUCCAGGGGUGUUGAACACCUACACAAAUGACACAGAUUCGGAUACUGGCAUCAGCUCCAACCACAGCCAGGACUCUGAAACGACUCUGGGCGAUGUACUGCUAUUGUCAACAUAACUCAGAUGCCUUCUUUCUGACAAUUAAUCAUGUUUUUUGUGUGAUUGAACUAGAAACUCUGUUCCAUAUAUGACUCUGUGAAACUGUAAACCGUGCUAAAAAUAUCUAGUAGUUAAUAAAUAAAAAGCUAGUGAACAUCGUUGUUCGUUUACAUAUAGUGCUUCCAGUUUGACUUAAUUACAGGUUCAAGCAAUGAACUGUGAUUUAGGGAUGCAGGAGAUCUAGUCCGUGGUUACGUAACACAGAGACAAUGUAAUGGGAAUUGAUUGACCGUUCCCCCGCAUGAUACAGGAAGGACAUGAAUUUGAAAACAGUUCUCAACUUUGUUCAUCAAACUAUCCAUGCUGCGAGCGGACAACACUGAAUCAUUAGAAUGUUUAAAGUCUAUAAAAUACAGGUCGGCUCCUAUGUUGCAUGUGUCCUAGAUGGAUUAAUUCAAAUCUUGCUUUUUUAAUUGUCAGGUGGUAAAAUGUAUUUGGUGUGUGUGUGUGUGUGUGUGUGUGUGCACGUGCGCGCGUGCAUGAGUGUGUGUGUGUGUGUAUGUGUGUCGCUUCCUGGCUGCUGUCUAAGUCUAAGGGACAGGAAGCUGUUGGGACAUGCAUAAUUCCUGACAGUGAACCAGUUUGGGCACAGAAGUGGCAAAGUCAAGUGCUACAGACACUCAGCUUUCUUCCCCCUAAGCACAUCUAACAUGAUCUCACAAACUAUACAUAAGUUCUUCCUAUCUACCCAUUAGAUCGUCUAUCAAACAAUGCUGUAGGUUCAUUAUUUUGGAAGUUAGAGUGUAGGUUACUGAAGAACUCAGUCAUAAUUGUAUUUAUGCACUCCCAACUGCGUACAUUGAAGUGGAAUUUACUGUCCUUUGUGUAUAUAGCAGUGUUUUUUUUUCUCUGCGAACAGAGUAGAAUUGAAUGUUUAUUCUAGUAUCCUGUAAGCCAGCUGUCAGGAUUUCCAGGGUGGUUAAAAGAGCUCAGAACUUUUAAGCUGUCCUAAGCACACUAAGGGGAAUUCAAGAGAUUGAAUGGAUUAUCUGGAUUCUGUCUUCACUCUCAAUUAGAAUGUUUCGCUUGAUUUUAAAACAGACAUUUACCCCCCUCCUAGCUUAUUUUUUCUUCAUACCUCUCUUUUCCUUUUCCCUUCUUCAAAGCCAAGGCAGAAUGUCAUCAGAGCCAAAAUAAUUAAUUCAUUAUCUUGACGUGAACUGAAUACCAAUGUACCUUAGUUUUCUUGAGUUGGCCAAUUUCACACAGGUCAGGCUAUAUAAAGUAGACAUGUUAGUUGAUGUAUUUAUAGUAUGUGCGCAUUAGGUAUUAUUCCUAUAACAUUUCUCUUUUAUACAAAUUGAUGCAACCUUUAACUGUUUUCUCUUUUAAAGUUUGAAAGUUUUAAAGAUUUUAUCAGUUUUAUUGUGGAUUCAAAGUCUUUAGUUGGCUCUUUCCAAAUGUCGUGCCUUCCCCCACCCCCAUCCCAUGCUUUACUUGCUUCCUGUAUCUUUGGGAAGAUGCUUGAAUUUCCAUAGAGUUUUACAUCUGGGAAGCACCUAUGCUACCAUUUCUUUAAAAAAUAUAUAAUUUCAGGUCAUACAAUAAGAAUUUCUAUUCUAUGGAAAUACUGGAAUAAGUAAUAAGUAAUCACAUUCACAUAAAUGAUAUUUUUAAAGAAAGAAUGGAGUAGCCAUUUGUGAAAGGGAAGUUCACCUGGUUAACAGUCCAUUAGGUCAAUAAAACAUACACUAAAGUAUAGAACAUAUUUAUUGUUACCAAUAGAGAUCAAAUUCAGAAGACUUUCAUAAAUGAUAAGUCAUUUGGCUCCUUGUCUCCCUGAAAUGAAAGCUUUCUCUUUGGAGUUUGUAUUCAGGAAGAAUAUAAAUGUUGCACAUCAUAGUAUGCAGCUGGAUAGCAGUACCUAAAUUCAAAAACAGUCAUGCUAAGAAUUGUCACAGGAUUUCACUGCAGGGGAGUUUCAAGACAGGUUUUCUCUGUCAUUUUGGAGCCUAUCCUGGUCGUCGCUCUGUAGAUCAGGCUGACAUCAAAUGAGCUCACAGAGAUCCACCUGUCUCUUUGCAUUUUACUUUUAAGAAUGUCUAAAACAUUUUGUAGAAUGCCGAUUUCUUAGACUCCUUGUAGCGUUUAGACUUUUCUUUCAUUAUUAAAAUAUAUUUCUAUACUUGAUUGUUACACUAAGUCACACAGUAAUUAGUUUCCACUGUGAAAUUCUAAUAGAGUUCAAUAUAGCCCUAUUUAUGCAGAUGGAAAUCAUAAAUGAUCUCAUGGAUCCUAUGCUAUUUAUUGUUCAAUUGAUGGUUAAGCUUAUAAAUACAGGACUUGAAAGUUUAAUGCUUUAAUUAUCUUGAGAAACUUAGUGAAUUACAAACCCUUAAGUAGCCUAGCAGAUUAAUCACAAAUUAGCCUUACGCGGCUAGAAGAGGCAAGCCACAGCUGACGAUACUUAUUUUUCCCAGGACUAGGUUCUCAGAGCGCACCCUCUGCAUGCCUUUCUCUGGUGGCCUCUUCCACUCUACUCAGAAAUGCUGCUGACUUACUUUUCUUUCCUUUUUGUCUUUUUCGUUUUUUCCUUUUUCUUUUGUUUGUUUUCUUUUGAUUUUCAAGACAGUGUUUCUCUGUGUAGCCCUGGCUGUUCUGGGACUCCCACUGUAGAACUCAACCUCCCAAGUGCUGUGUGCCACCACACCCAGUAAAUACCUACAUUCAAUGUACUUUAAGUCUUCUUUUCUUUUGAACAAUUGUGUUCCAUUUUGGCAGUUCUAAUCUAUUAUGUAUUUCUUUUCGGCUUCUCUCAUAUAUUAGGUUGUAUAUAUUUACAUAACCAUUUAACUCCAGUCACCCAGCAAAGUUUUUAUCUUGUUCUUUUAUUAUUUGCCUUUCUAACUUAAUUAGUUAUUUCCAACUUCUUAGGUUCUUGUUCCAUUAAUGAAGUGAAUUGCUACUUCUAAAGGGUUUUAACAUGUUUUCUGACUUUUUUACAUUAUAUUUACUUGUGCAAUUUGUAUAUACACAUGCAUGUAAGCAGGUUUAACAAUAUUAACUGGCAUUCUACCUAUAAAUUUAGGGAGUAAAUAUUAAAUAUUUACAUGGCAUCAUUUUUGAUUAACAUAAAAAGUAUACAUUAUUGGGGGCACUAUGUGGUAUUUCAGUACAUAUAUGCAUUGCAUAAAGUUUAAGUCAGAAAAACAUUCAAUUAUUUUAUUAAGAGUUUCUGACUUAAAACAACUCAUAUGCCUUUUAAUUUAAUGGCAAUGUUAUAACAUCUAUGUAGGUGAAAUUUUAUGUCCCACCACCAACUCUCAAAUAAAUACACUAAAGCUUGUAUUACUUGCAAAUGCUCAAACAAUAGCUCAGGCUUAUUGCUAACUAGCUUGUACAAGUUAAAUUAAUCCAUGCACAUCUAAUUGUUGUGCAUAUAUAAAAAGAAAUUUUCAUAGCAUUGAGUUUGAAGUGGUAGAUACUCCAGAACUCUUAAAUACUAAAUUAAAUCUCUGCAUCAUUUUUGUUCUUAAUUGCAAAUUAUGAUGCUGUAUUAUUAUAUAAAAACCUUUCUAACCCAUUAAAUUUUUAUUUUUGUAUUUAUUUAAACCACCAUUGUAUAUGACAAAAUAUAUUUCUGUGGCUGCAUUUUAUAAAUUUUUAGAGUAGAGUUAUUGUAAUAUUUAAAACAUAUUUUUCUAGUGAUAAAGGAAUACAGUUUCAACCUGAUAUAGCUUUUGAAAUAACAUUGGACUGCUUCUUUUCAUAUUGCCUUACUGGUUUGGUGAACUUCAUGUGAUAAAUAUAAAGUUUCAUUUCUUCAAGUUAUAACUAAUUCAGAAAAAUAAAAGAUUAUUGUAUCCUGUCUGUAGUGUUCUCUUUAUUUCAAUAGCUAUGUUUCAAACAAAUUGCAUGCCAUGCAGAAUUAUAUAAUUGCUAAGAUAAAUUUGAGCACAUUCAUUUUGGGGGGGUUGGUUAGUAUUUCUUGGCAAAACAAAUGUGUAGAAUAUAAUAUCAAAGUAAACUUUUUAAUAGGUUUGUACGUUCUUGUUCCAAUUUGUUAUGGAAGUAUGCCCCAACUUGUGUGCUGAUUUUAUGCAUGGCUUCAUUCUUUUUAAAGCGGAGUUAUCUCAUUGAAGAUUGUUCAAGACCUUGUUGGUUCUUUCUACUAGAAUUUAUUUUGUCAUUGUCCUCUUCAAAAUAAGCAUUCUAGAUGGACUAUUUUAAAUAACUGAUCACUAAAGUCAUAAGGUCUACUACCUCAUUUUAUAACCAUGACCAAAAACUUCAUUAAGAGAUUUCAAAUAACAUCCAGCAAAGCACAUAGGAAUAAGUUUGCACUACCUUCUUUUCUACAUGUCACAAUGGUUACAGGAGAGGGGUAAUAUUUUCUCAAUCAAGCUGAAAACUGGAAAUUUUAGUGCUAUUAUCAAUAUAUGUCUGAAAAUCACUGACUAUCUUUGCAUUUCAAAUAAGCAAUUUACAUGUUGUUUUUUGAGUCAGACAUAGAAGAAGCUAUUAUAUGAGGAUAAGGAGAUGCUACACUUCAUACACUUGUGUAAUAUAAUUGGAUAUUUACUUUUUGGUAAAGUGGAUACAUUGUAUAAAGUUCAAUUUUUUUUUUGGAAAAUGAACACUAAGAAAUCUUAUUUCUAUUACUGUGUGCCUGCUGCCCACAUGAAUUCAUUUUGACAUUGAGGAUGUAAACCAUAAUUUAUGAAUUUUUCUAGAAAUAAAAUAUGAAUAAAUAGGUGUGUAUUUAGUUACAUGUCCUGACAUAUGUAGCAUAACAUAUCCAGAACAAUUAAGUGAUCUGUUACUUUGCCUUCAUACAUACACUCUUCUCACUCAGAGAUGUUACCAUCCUGGAAAGGGUCCCAUAUUGUUCAUAUGGAGAUCUUUCCUUCUGCCUCACUAUAUUAGAGUGUGCUGAUAGCACAUCAAUUCCGUGAUCAGUCACAUGGUUUCCUGAUGAGCAUUGGGAUGGCCUCCAAUUAUUUACUCUGUUAUUAUAAUAGCCUUCCAAAAAUUUCUGUGAGGCAAGCUGUAGAAAUAUUGGCUCAAAUGGUGGCAAAUGUGUUUUUAAUUUUGAGAAUAUCUAUAAUUCACAUGUGUGGAAAUUAAUAUCUUAUGAACUGAAUUGAAAAUGUGUUCAGCAUAGGCGAUAUUAGUUUUCUAUUUGUAUGUUUAAAAUGGCAAAAUAAUAAACAGAUUAAGCCAUGUAAUUGAUCUUAUGGGUUAAUAUUUAAUGAUGUGCUUUCUGGUCAUUCUUUAAAGGGGUGCGAAUGGGAUGCUUUUCUAUUAUUGUAUUAACACUCCUUAUAGAAGUAAGAGUUUAUUGGAGCAUAUAGAUCCAGAGGGAUACGAGUCAAUUAUGGCAGGGAAUGGUGGCAACAUGAGGGAGACAUGGCAACAGAAAGAGUUGCGAGCUCCAUUUGCAUAACACAAACAGGAAGAAGAGAUAGCAAACUGAAACUGAACUGGCACUGGGCUUUGUAAACCCCAAAGUCCACUCGCAGUGAUGCACUUCCUCCAACCAUGCCUCUUAAACCAUUCACCUGGCACCACCAACAUCUGACCCUCAUGGGACACAUUCCCAAUCAAACCUCUAAAGAUUCUAAUGCCAUAUUAUAUAGUAAAUAAUUUUAUAAAUUAUUAUUUUUAUCAUUUUUAUAUACACAUUUAUGUUUCAGUUUUAAACUUUGGAGCAAUCUAGCAUUGCAGGAUUUUUAGUUCUUGAAAAUACCAAGACAACUGAUUUUUAUUUAGAUGAUUAAAAAUUAUUCCAUAACAUUUGGCACGAACUUUAUCCCAGUCUUAUAGAGUGGCAUCUAUUAUUGAUUGUGUGUGAACCAAAUUAUGGUUUAUAUGUUAGCUGUAUUGCUGGCUUUUCUAUAUCAUUUUCUUGCUAUGACUGAAACGUGUGUUUAUAUUAUGAUACUAUAUUAUCUCUUCACACCUUUAGGAUGCUUUUAAUAUUUGGUAUAUUAAAAUGACAUAUAUACCCACUAUAUUUUACAAGACAUUUCUUUGAUCUUUUUUUAUUUU